AUGGCAAGAAAAAAGAUAAAACAUGAGCAAGUAUACCAUGAAAGUAAGAGAAACAUUGUGUUCAGGACAAGGCUAGAUGGCUUUCUUAAGAAAGCAAAUGAGCUGUCUAUCUUAUGUGGAGUUGAUAUUGGCAUAAUCAUUCAUAAACAAGGAGAAAACAACGCAAUCCAAUGGCCAUCCCCACAAAUAUUUAGGGAAAGGCUGCACAAAUUCUUGGACAUCCCAAACUUGGAGAGAACCAGGAAAAUGGUUGUGCAUGAUAGGUACUUGGAGGAUAGCGUGAGUUACGAGACAAAAAAUGUGCUGAAACUCCGGAAGAAGAACGAAUUGAGACAGUCUGAACAGUUGGUGAAUGAGCUUUUUCAAGGUAAGAGUUUCGAUGAACUUGAUUUACAUACACUGAAUGGUCUGCAGUCGUAUUUAGUUGGAAUGCUCGAUAAUCUUCAUCAAAGGGAUAUGGAGCUUAAUGACGAGCUGCAACCUUCGUCAUGUCCUGCUCCGAUGCCAGCACAUGGUGGCGGGAUGGUGAUGAAAACAUCGUCAGCAAUCCCUAUAUUUCUGGAGAAUCCUAGGACUGAUCCCUGGUUUGUCGAGACCGUGUCUCAAGAGCAAGAUAUCACGGGUUUUAUGAACUUUCCGCUUGUUGCCAAUAGGGCAACGACUAGGAUCGAUGGUGAAGACGCUGCACGACAAGUCGAUGACGUGAAUAAGCCAUCAUGGCAAUAUUGGAGUAACAAUGUUGGUUCAUGA